GUCCCCUCAUUCCCCGCGUGGGGACAAGGCGCGGAGGCGGCGCUGCCUCGCCAGCCGCUCUCGGUGGCGGUGCGUGGGAACGGGGGGGGUCCCCGCGGGGCCGUGCACCCGCGGCUCCUCCUCCCGGCGCGGCUCCGCGGAGCUUCCGCCCGCGGGCUGUACGCGGUGACCGCCCCUUCACCCGCUCCCCCGGCGGGGCAGCCCGGCUGCUUGCGCGCUCCCAGCCGGGGCGAUGGAAAACGCGGCCGGCCCGGCGCCGGGACCUGGGAGCGCGGCCCCGGGGUGCCCCUCGCCUCCGGGUCAGCCCGUCAGACUCAGGCGCUGCGUUGGGUGAAAUAAAGACGCUCCCGGCGUCGUUCCGCCGCGCCCCGUUGUCCCCGAAGCGGCGGGAAGCCCUCAGGGAUGCGGUUUGCAGAGGUGGGGGCAGUGUGCGAGAGGCGCUCCGGGGUUCCCGCGUUUUGGGGUAAAAUUCAGGAAACUGCUGGCGGAGUGCUCGAGGUCAGGCUGGGAUCUGCACGUGGUCCUUCGGAGUUUUCCAUCUUUUUCGGGAUUUUUUUGGUGAAGUUGGGCGCUGAGUUGCUGGCGGCAGCGGAGCAGCAUCCCACUGCCUUCCUGCCUUACUCCUGUGUGGACACACCGGCGUGCUUGAUGCUCAGGUUCUGUGGGAGCGGAAACUGGCUUUUGUUGACCAAUCAAGCUAAAUGGGUCCAGUCACUGGAAUGACUCCGGAUAAGAAAGCUGAAACGCCCGGAGCAGAAAAAGCCGCAGGACUACGGCAGUGCCAUGGGAUGGGCAGCCUGCCCGACACGGGCGACGCCGGCAAGCCAAAGGCCACCGUGGUGGACAGAGAUUCAGCCGAUGAUGAGCUGACAAAUUUGAACUGGCUGCACGAAAGUACUAACCUGCUAACAAACUUCAGCCUCGGCAGCGAGGGCCUUCCCAUUGUUAGCCCCUUGUAUGACAUCGAGGGUGACAGUGUGCCGUCCUUCUCACCGUCCUGCUACCAGAACCCUGAGAAGAAAUCCUCCACUUCCAAACCCCCUUACUCUUUCAGCCUUCUCAUUUACAUGGCGAUUGAGCAGUCUCCCAACAAGAGCUUGCCAGUCAAAGAAAUCUACAGCUGGAUCCUGGACCGCUUCCCCUACUUCGCCACGGCCCCCACCGGCUGGAAGAACUCGGUCCGACACAACCUCUCUUUGAACAAGUGUUUCCGAAAGGUGGAGAAAAGCCAUGGCAAGGUGAACGGAAAAGGGUCCUUGUGGUGCGUUGACCCAAAAUAUAAACCUAAUCUUGUCCAAGCACUGAAAAAACAGCCUUUUUCCUCAGCACUUGCAUUUUAUACUCCACCGGCGUCGCCACCCAGUAGGUCGUCGUCCCCUCACUACCUGACUUCAGUCCUUCAGCAGAAUCACAGCCGAGCUCUCAAAGAAUCUGAUAUUGAUGCUGCUACUGCCAUGAUGCUGUUAAAUACUUCCAUUCAGCAAGGGAUGCUGGACUGUGAGAAACCUCAGCCGCUGAAGGCGCCCAAGAAGAGGAGCUACGGCAGCGCGUUCGAUGCCCCCAGCUCCAUGACCCUGCCGGAGAACGAUUCCGCGGCCGCCAACAUCGACCCGAGCGAGGAUCACAACUACAGCGCCAGCAGCAUGGGCUCGCAGCGCUGCGCCUCCCGCUCCAGCGUGUCCUCCCUCUCCUCCCUGGACGAGGUGUACGAAUUCAUUUCCAAGGCCAGCCACGAGGGCAGCGACGGCAGCGAGGGCUUUCACAGCGAGGUGGACACGGACGGCGACUACGAAGACGAUCCCCUCGGAGACAGCGGCUACGCAUCCCAGCCCUGUGGAGAUUCCUCUAAGGAGAGUCAGCCCAGCAAGAAAGUACUCGAGGAGCUGUGUCAGGAGAUCGAUGAGGAGCUGAAGGAAGCAGCAGGGUCUCUGCUCCACCUUGCUGGCAUCCAAACGUGCUUGAGCUCCUUAAUAAGUACUGCAAAGACCCACUGUCACAAGCAAAGGAAAAAAUAAUGUGUUUGUCAGUGUUGAAUAUAUACAUAUAUUUUUUUUAAUUGUGGCAAUACUCUUCUACUUUUGCCCUUCACAAGGGAGAUCAAAGCCAUAAAAGGACUCACUGCUUUUUUUUUUGCCGCAAACUAUAAUUUAGCCAUUUAUUUUUAAAUCGCCACCUAAAAAGAAAAUAUUUAAUCUUCUCAAAUUAGAAGAUAUGCAUGAUGUGAAAACCCAAAAGCAUACUUCUUAAUGGUCACUCCUUAAUUUUUUUUUCCUUUUCGAUAGUUGACAUUAUUUUUUUUUCAGAGAUAAGUUUGUUCAGAUGCACACUGUGGAUCAUAUUUGCAUCUCCACUGGCCCCAUCUGCAGAGGUGAAUUUUGUUCUGUCCAAGGGCUCUGACUUCCAUGUAAAGGAUUCAGAUCUAUUUUGCAAUAAGAGAAUCUCUCUAUAGUUCCUAGACAUCCUUCACCCAAAAAAUAUUUUUUGUGGUAUGUUGAACUUUAUUCCUAUUUUUCUUUUAAAAUCAGUGGUGAUUACUUACAUCUUCCUGUAGAUUUUGCCUUUUUUUUUCCUGUUCAAAAAUGGGUAAGCAGUUCUGUUGGAGUGGGUUUUAACAGUACUGUACAUACAAGGAUGCCUUAAGUAUGUUGCAGAAUUGUAUACAGCUAUCCAAGGUCAUCUUUCCUGUUGCUGAAAGGUAGCAUGAUGUGCCAUAAACGUUCUCACCAACGUGAAGCCACUGCUUCCACCAGGUGUUGGGCAAGCUGGGUAAAAAUUAGGAGCAGAGCCACUUAAGAAACCAGUGUCCACUGUUGAAAACAGUGCUGGAUUCAGCCAAAAGUUAACCUUUCCCUAAGGGAGUAUUUUCCUGGCCGUUUGAAUGCCUUUCUUAGACUAGUGUGGGUUUUUUGCCCCUUUUUUCUUUCUUUAUUUUCUUAUUUGUCAGUCUCUUCAUGAAUUCUGUCCUAAACUGUCUACUUCCAGUGCAAACACAGCCAUGCUGCUGAAGGUCUGUUGCUCUGAGGGCCCAUUCCAGUGCCUCUUGAAGACAACGGUGGUGCUCCUGCUGACUCAAUGGCUGUUGGAUCAAGCCUGAAAUAUUUGAGGUUCUUGGUUUUUUGGAAUAUAAAGCACAAACACUAGGAGAGAAAAAAAGUUGGUUUUUGUUUUUUUUUUUUCUUUUUCCAAUUCAGUUUUAAGAAUGAUUUGUUUUAUUUAUUGAUAGGGAAGGAAAAUACUCUGCUUCAUUCCUGUUAGCCUACACCUGUAAUAGGGCAAUGUGUGUGCAGAUGUGUGGGUGUUCUGGCUGUCACAGGUGCUGCAUUAGCCAACUAGAUCUGAUAUUGCAUGUAAUACUGAUGGUUAAUAGGGGUAAAACUCGCCAUUUAAAAGAAAAUUAAGUACCAAGACAGUGGUUUUUAGUAUUUCAGGAGCUGAAGAUGUGAAUGCUUGGUGGAACUGCUUCUUCUUGCUCAUGGGUUGCUUUUGAACUCUCAUGGAAAACUGCUAAGGGCAGAGCUUGUGUCAGUGUGAAAAGGAGGAUUCAGAUACACAGAAAUACUGUGAGCAGCCUGAGGUUUUGCUCGGUGCCAUGAUUUCAGUGUCAUGCUGUUGAAGAGGGGUGCUGCUGCCUGGCUCCUGCUGAAGUGGUUGCAGCUUUCUGUAGCUUCCAGUGAAAGCUGGACCGAGGUCUAGGUAUUCUGGAAGCUGUGGUCAUAGUCAGCUCCAUGUUUUGAUUUGGUUCUGAAUUAUUUUUUGCCUCAGAUAAACUUGGAGGAUAUUAUUGGGAGUGUGGCUGUGCUGCUGUUAACCCUGAAGCUGGUGACAGUGACUUCAGCAUAUCUGAAGGAUUGGGAUGCUAACAAUGCACUUAAUCACCAUAUGCACUGACCAGUGAGAACCAGUACCUGAUCAGCAGUUAGCAGCUGAUCCCAUCCAUCCUUCCAGCUGGGAGAACCAGAGUGGUGGAAGGGGGGAGCAGCCGCAGCCUUUCCCUGGGACACAGAGCAGUGCAGCGGGGCUGUGCUCUUCCUGCCCUUCCUGCUUUGCUGUCUUCCCUCUCUGCUUCCCAAGGGGAAGGCAGAGGAGCUGUGCCCCCACCCUGUGCCCCUGCUUUGUCCCAGGCCUCUGCCCUCACGUUGGCAGCACAGGCCGACAGCUCAGUGUGGAACACCUCUCUUGGCAGUGGGAGAGGAGCUGCCCUUCCUUUCUCUUACAUAUCUGUUGGGUUCAGGUUUGUUUGCCACCUCAGUUAAAGACCCUGGUGUAUAUAGUAUAAAUGGAGUAUAAUUCAAAGUUAUUUUGAUUGUUGGGCUUUGGGUUUUUUUAGUGACAUAUGUAAAAUAUUGAUGCCAAUGGUUGACUUGGAUACGUUUUGGCAAGAAAAGUAUUAAUGAACCACAUUCAGUUCUUUAAAUGCAGUGAAGAAGUGUAUGAGACCUGUGUUCAUGGAAGGUUGCUUUGUUCAGGGUAAAUCUGAUGUGAUUACUGUACAAACCUAUACUGGCUUUUCAGAUUCCAAUCCUAAAUUACUGAUCUGGAGAAGUCACAUCAAAUGUUUUUAAAUCCAACUGCAAAAUGGAAGUUGUGUGGUUUGCAACUUUUCAUCAACCUGAAAAGUACAAGCUUUAAUUAAGGCAAAGUAUACUCAUACACGUUAAUAAUGGUGUGGUCAAAAUAUUUAUUGAAAAGAAAAGUUAAAAUAUUUUAAAUGUUGCACCUGCUAUUUUAUCUUAAAGCACAUUCUUCACACCUAACUGCCAGUGCCAUUAUCAAGUCAGUUUUAUAAAUGUACAUUUCUUCAAACUAAAAAGUGCAUAAUUAAAAGUAUUAUGUUACUGCCAUAUAGUGAUAUAAAACAUUUUAUAAUUGCCAAUUCAUUGUAACUAUUAUUUAUUUAAAAGUGAAUUGUAAGAAUGCUUUCUGAUCAAAUGAACCAGAGUUGUUUUAAAACCAUUCCCGUUAGCUUGUUUCUAAUGUAGCAUAAGCAAUGUCCUUGGGUUUGUUUAGAAUAAUUUUGCCAGUAGGUGACCAAUUCUAACCCUUUUUCCUCUGGUUUAGUCCUUUACCUGUUUUAAAGACGAUUUACAAAAGUUUAGUUUUUUGUAUGCUAAUCUCUGUUAAUUAAAAUGUUUAUAAAUUUUAUUUUUACCAAAGAGAUGCAAUUCAUUAUGACAAAAUAUUGCAGAAUAAACUUUGUUUUAUAACAUUUGUGACUUUUCUGCCCACAUUUUUCAUUCAGAUGAUCAAAGGGGCUUUUCUAAAAUAAACAGCAUUGCAAACAGAAA